AUGAACUUUCCUCGAUAGUCAUGUACUGUCGAUAGUCAAAAACCAUCGAUACUAUCGAUAGUCCCAUUUAUAGUUUUGGAGUUCUAAUAAGAGUGCAAUCUGUGUUUCAGAAAUUAUACCCUCCAACUGCCAAAUAUAAACAUGACUCCUUCAAUCGACGAUGCGUUGAUAACAAAACAGACACUACAUCCUGGCAAAGAAUACAUUUCAUUAAAGCCUGGCACCCGUGUAAAAUUCCAUUUCCAAACGCGCAAAGCCUACGAUGGGCAGUUGCUGGACGACAGCCGUGCAAUGAGCCAUCCAAUGGAGCUGGUACUUGGUAAGAAAUUCAAAUUGGAAGUCUGGGAAGUUAUUGUACAAAAGAUGGCACUCAAUGAAGUCGCUAAAUUUACUGUACAUAAAUCCCUUGUCGCCCAAUACCCCUUCAUCUCGAAAACAUUGCGAGAUGUUUCAAAAAACACACACGAAAGAAGUCACUGUUGUGGAAUGACGUUACAGAACGAAGGAAUCGGUUACAAAGACCUCGAUGACCUUCUUGCAAAACCAUGUGAUUUGGAAUUCAUCAUCGAAUUAUUCUCGAUUGAACACCCAGAAGAAUACGAGAAGGAACGUUGGCAAAUGGACGAUGCAGAGAAAAUGAACGCACAAGCAGUAUUGCGGGAAAAGGGUAAUCAGUUAUACAGAGAAAAAAAGUAUAAAGAGGCAGAGGAAUGCUAUUGCAAGGCUGUGGGUAUGAUUGAACAACUUAUGACAAAAGAAAAACCGCACGACGAAGAAUGGCUGGCAUUAGCUACAAUCAAAGUUCCUUUGCUUUUAAAUUACGCACAGUGUCGGCUUUUAGAUUGCGAUUAUUAUGCGGUCAUAGAGCAUUGCACUGAAGCACUUGACUUGGAUAAAAAUAACAUAAAGGCUUUAUUCCGUCGGGCGAAAGCACAUGCAGGGGCAUGGAAUCCGGUAGAAGCCCGUAGGGAUUUUCUCAAAGCUGCGGAGUUAGAUCCAGGUCUAAAAGCGGCUGUAAAUAAGGAAUUACAAGCGCUCGAUGAAGGGCAACGUAUCAGGGAUGCCGAGGAUAAAAAACGACUGCAAAAGCUCUUCUAGAAAUUAACAGCCUCAUUGCGUAAGUCGUAAAUUAGGUUAAAUUGUACGACUCGACAACAGCAGCAUUGUCUAUUGUCGUACUGAAAUAAGUAAACGACCAAAAGCGUCGAAAACUAUACAGUGCUGCCAAGGUUUUCCGUUUUAAUACACUAGUCGAUUGGAAAUUUUAGGCAAUGACGUGAAAUUUUCGAUACGAUUCGACUCGAAAAACGACUUGCAUUCGACACGACUCACAAUGAGGGUCUAAGUAUAUGAAAUUUACUAGAAACAUUUGUUGUUUACUGUUAUAAGUUGUACGUGUUCCUUAGCUUUUGUAUUGAAAUCAUGUGAGCAGCAAUACAACAUCGAGAGAAGUUAAAUAUCGUCGUUUUAGGUACAAAACCGCGUAUCGUCAUUCUGCAAAACCACGUAACUGACAUUGGCUGCCAAAAAUUGGAUUUGCUCACACAAGCUCUUGGCUCAAUCCUUAUCCAUUCGCUUGAAAUAUACUAGCCAGAAAUGCGAUUGCUUUAUAAAAUAGAGAACCAAUUUGAAAUAUGAGUGUUUUUAAGCUCUAGAAAAUAAAUCCUACAAGUUCACAUGCACGGUUUUGCAUUUCGCUGAUACGCGGUUUUGCACUUUUAACUACGAUAUAUUUCCCAAGUAUUUCGAAGUUGUUUUUAAACUAAAACAACUACUAUCUAAUAUAGCAGAGAAAUUUAAGACGCAUAGCCGAUUUAGUAUAACACUUUUUUAUUUCGAUACGCCCAGAAAGAUUUAAUGUCAUAUGUAUUGGCAUUAGUAGUGAAUCUGUUAAUAUUGAAGGGGUUAGAACCAUAAGGGUCUAAGUGACAUUUUUUGAAAAUAUAAGUUAUACCCAUAUUUGUAUAGUUAAAUAUAGUUUAUUUGGUGACAAAGAGUAAACAUUCCUUGAAUUAGUUAAUUAACUGGCAUUCAUUUAGGCAAGAAUCAUUUCAAAUGCAUUUAGCCAGAAUUUACAAUAAGUAAUCAACUUUAACCUUAAUUAUCU